UAAAUGAGUUAUUAUUAAAUAAAUUUUUGCAUAGUAUAAUUUAGUGAAUAAUAAUAAUAAUAAAACUCAAAAUAAAAAAUGAUGACAGAUAUGGAAGAAGCAGAAGCAAGGGAACUUCAAUCAGAAAUUGAAAAACGCAAUAGAGAAGAAAAUGAAUUAGAUUUUAAAGAGGCUGUAAAGAAAUUAGCUGAAGGAUUUUUAAAUCAAUAUCAAGUACAAUGGGAACAAACUGAAAAAAAACUUGAUGAAGUAAAAAAUAAACAAGAGACUUUGCUCAAUCAGAUGCAAAUUGAGAACAAAAAAUUUCAAGAUGUUUUUGAUGAUAUUAAACUAAAUGACAUGUUCCAAACUAUUAAAAUUAGUCAAAAUAAAUUAAUUUUAAUGAAAAAAGAAAUGGCUUCUAUUCAUGAGAGGACAUUCAAAUUAAAAAAACGAGCAUUAAGAUUGCAACAAAUAAUACAAAAAGAAGCUUUGAAUAAGGAACAACAAAGAGAGCAAGAAAUUCGUCGAGAACAAGAAUUAAUUGGUAAACCAAUAAUAAGCUAACAAUAAUAAAGAGAAAAAUAAAGAGAAAUAAUUAAUAUCAAUGAUAUAUAACUAUAUAAAAACAAACUGUACUUAUACACACAUUUUUGGUAAAACAUAUAUUUAAUUUAA